CAUAAUUAACAAAAUUCAAAGUCAUGACUGAAAAGCUCGAUUUCAUCCGUGAAAAUCAAGACUUGCUGAAAUACGACACCUUCGAAGAUUAUAUAGAAUCGUUCAUUACGCCGCGAGAUCUUUAUCAUUUGCGAAGCAAAUCCAUAUCUCGUCAAAUCAUUGAAUUAGGUUAUCAUACCGAAGGGGUGUUGAAUCAAGAAACUUUCAACAAACGCGUAAAAAUGAUCAAACGUUACACUUAUCUCAUAGAAAAUCCGCUCGAACUGUGCACAGAAUUUCUACCUCUGGAUGAUAAUUUAUUGAAAGAACUAGCUUUCCGUGAACGAGCUAAUCGCAUCGGCAGAUUUUUCACGAUAAUAUUCAUGCAAUACACAGGAAAGGUUCAGUCGCCAGUGUCUGCGUUUAUUGAUUACAGUUACAGAUUAAAAGCGGAAGACUGGAUGCCUUAUUUUAUGAACACCAAACGAAUAAAGCCCAAAAAGAACGAUCUCUCGUUUUUAAAUCAUAAGAGUGGAAAAUUAAUUUUGAACGAAUCACCCAAUUUCAAACCAAUUGUCGAUAGCAAAAAUGGUCUUGCAUUUCAAAACGUUCACAAUUUAAAGUUUGUACAUGUAAGCCCUACUUUAACAGAAAAAUCAUAUCCCUCGCGUACAACGAUUCACAGCCCUAUAUAUGGCCCAGUUGUACUUUACGACUACAGUCUUCGAGUAGGAUCAUGA